CUGCACUUUGUGAACGGCCACCUGUAGUCUUCUAGGACCUGUCACAUGUCUGCAGUCUCUGGUCAUCUCCUGUUGUAUGUCCGCAGUCUCUGGUGAUUUCCUGUAGUAUGUCCGCAGUCUCUGGUCAUCUCCUGUAGUAUGUCUGCAGUCUCCGGUCAUCUCCUGUACUCUGUCCGCAGUAUCUGGACAUCUCCUGUACUAUGUCUGCAGUCUCGUCAUCUCCUGUACUAUGUCCGCAGUCUCUGGUCAUCUCCUGUACUAUGUCCGCCAUCUCUGGUCAUCUCCUGUACUCUGUCCGCAGUCUCUGGUCAUCUCCUGUACUAUGUCUGCAGUCUCUGGUCAUCUCCUGUACUAUGUCCGCAGUCUCUGGUCAUCUCCUGUACUAUGUCCUCAGUCUCUGGUCAUCUCCUGUACUAUGUCCGCAGUCUCUGGUCAUCUCCUGUACUAUGUCCGCAGUCUCUGGUCAUCUCC